AGAGCAUCAGUAGUUUAUUUGUCUAUAUUCUCUGUUGAUGACAUAUUUGCUGAUGAUCCUGUUGGAGGAGAUACAAAUACUUGUCUGGAACAAAAAUUGUGUGUUGUGGAAACAGCUUGACAUAAAUCACACUCCAUGGUUUCUGCUUUUUCUGCUUUCUUAAAGAGCCUGAUCUCACCUUACAUAUAUAAGAUUUGCAAAGGAAUGUUUACAAAGAAAUCGGGAAAUAGUACAAAAAGGAAAGAAAGUUGUCAGAGCAAAAAGGAACAAGACUUAACUCAAAUUGGACAAACAAAAAAUCCAAAAUUUUCAAAUACUUUAAAAAGCACUGUUAAAAAGAUUGCAAAGUGCCCAUCUUCUCGCAACUUAUCAGCUGAAGAAGAGGAAAGUAAUAAAGAAUUUUCACUUUCUCCAACAUUCAGUUAUAGAGUUGCUAUUGCCAAUGGACUGCAAAAGCAUAUUUUUGUCACAAACAGUAAUGAUGAAGAUAUAGUUCAAGAUUUGUCGUCAAAUGAUAGUUCAUAUUCUGAGUCAUUAAGUGAAGUAAAAAGUAAUAGCAAGAAAAACGAACACUUAUCCCACACGAUGCCUGUGAGACGCAACAGAAAAAGCUUAAGCAGCCUUGCACCAUCUGAUGGAAGUUCUGAUGGAGAACGCACUUUACACACACUGAAACUGGGAGCUUUGCGAAAACUAAGGAAAUGGAAGAAGAGCCAAGAAUGUGUCUCAUCAGACUCAGAACUAAGUACAUGGAAGAAAACAUGGGGCUUGAGAAGUAAAUCUCUAGACAGAACUGGUCGUCACCAGAAAUCAAAUACUCUUGAACCUGGCUUUAGUUCGACAGGUUGUAUUAGUCAAACCCAUGAUGUUAUGGAAAUGAUUUUUAAAGAGCUUCAGGGAAUAAGUCAAAUUGAAACAGAACUCUCUGAAUUAAGGGGGCAUGUUAAUGCUCUGAAACAAUCAAUUGAUGAAAUUUCUAGUAGUGUAGAAGUUGUACAAAAUGAAAUUGAACAAUUGCGAACUGGAUUUGUACAGUCCAGAAGAGAAACUCGGGACAUACAUGACUACAUUAAGCAGAUAGGCCAUCCAGGAAACAAAGCAAGUCUUCGGUUUCUAAAUGUGCCUGAAGAGAGGCCUGAAAAAACCGAAAGCACAGUUUACAAAAUAUUGAUAGAUAAAAUGGGGUUCUCUGAGGCACAGAGCACUAUUAAAAUUGAAUUCGCCCAAAGACUGGGGCAACAAAGAGACUGUCCAAAUGCAAAGCCAAGACCCAUUCUUGUUUACUUUGAGUCCUCACAACAGAGGGAUUUGAUAUUAAAAAAGUCUUAUAAGCUUAAGGGAACUGGCAUUGGAAUUUCUACAGAUAUAUUUACCCAUGAUAUAAAAGACAAAAAAGAAAGAGGACUACCUUCUUCUCAGACAUAUGAGAGUAUGGAUAUGAAGCUUUUAACUGUGGAGACAAAAAGUAAAAUGCGUGACUGGGAGUCACCUGACAGUGAUAAAGACUUGGAAUCAGAUAUAAAUAGGAACAGUUAUGCAAAGAUAUCUAAAUCAGCACUUCAAAUUAAAAAAAGCACUACAAAGGGGAGUAUCAAGUCCUCAAAUACUAAAGACCUUAAUACAACUGCUGACAAUAGCACCUUUUCGAACAGAAGAACUUACAGCAAUCAGUCACCGGAAUUUGACAAAAUGGAAAAACAGUCAAAGACCUAUUACUCGGACAUGACUCCUCUAUGGCAUUUACAGAAUGAUUUUGCAACACCAAAACUUAGCCGUUCAGAGUCAGACUUCUCAAAAUUGUGUCAAUCUUACUCUGAGGAUUUUUCAGAAAAUCAGUAUUUCAGCAGAACAAAUGGCAGUUCACUGUUGUCUUCCUCCGAUCGAGAACUUUGGCAGCGAAGACAAGAUGAUCCCACAAACUGGUAUGGAAGUUCCCAGGAACAGACUUUUGUCCAAGACAUGCAACAGUAUCCAGAACAGAAUGAAGCAGAGAACAUGGAAACUGUUGACAGUGGAGUAAGCAAUGGAAUAAUAUGUGCAGCUGGAGACAGAAGCCGCUAUAGUGAUUCUCAGCUUUCUUUACAUGAUGAUCUUUCCCCAUGGAAAGACUGGAAUCAGUUGGAACAAGGGGCAGGUUUGGGGCUAGACUCAUCCACACAGGAAGUUUUUGUGUAUGAUAUGAGCAGCCCUUCAGAUCAACAGACUGAUUUUGGAAAGUGCCAAAGUUCUGACCUCCAGUAUGAUACUGAAAGCUAUGAUUUUACACUUGAUGGUACUUCUCCAUCAUGUCCAGGCCUUGAUAGUGAAUCACAAAGUCAGUGGACAGGUCAAUAUGAUGAUUAUCAAGAAACAUAUUCUAUCUCCUCUUAUCAGAAUCAAAACAGAUUGCCUAUGAUGUACCGAAGUCAGAGUGAACUACCAAGUGAUGACUCGGAAGAAACAGCCCCUAAAUCAUGGCAUAGCCGAUUAAGCAUAGAUCUUUCUGAUAAGACUUUCAGCUUUCCUAAAUUUGGAUCCACACUCCAGCGUGCUAAAUCAGCUUUAGAAGUAGUCUGGAAUAAAAGCACACAAAGUUUAAGUGGGUAUGAUGACAGUGGAUCGUCUUUCAUGGGGAGGUUUAGAACUUUAUCUCAGUCUACUGCAAAUGAAUCAAGUACAACGCUUGAUUCUGAUGUUUAUGCUGAGCCUUAUUGCUACAAAGCAGAGUAUGAGGAAGACUUAAUUGAACCACCUGGUGAGAGUGAAACUGACUAUGUAGAAGUAAUGGAACAAGUCCUUGCUAAGCUAGAAAAUAGAACUAAUAGUAGUGAAACUAGUGAGCAGGUCCAAGAAUAUGAACUGGGCCAGCCUUCAUAUGACACAGCAUAUGCAGUAGUGCCAGAGGCACAAUAUGAUGCACAAUUUGAUGGUGUGGUCAGUGAAGAGAUAGUGGAAGCUGAAAGUCAUAUGGCUGCUGACAUAGAAAUAAAGGAAGAUGAAAAUCAGAAUGUCCCAGAGAUGCUUACUGAAACUCCAAAGAAAAAAAGAAUACGACCAUCAUUUAAAGAAGCUGCUUUAAAAGCGUACAAGAAGCAAAUGAGUGAUUUGGAAGAGAAGAUCCUUGCUGGAGGCUCGGAUAGUAAGUGCAAGUUCCUUGGAUACUUCCAAGCUUUAUGCAGUCCAGGCAUUUA